AGGUGUCAUGGCGACGUUGGCUGGCUAAGCGCUUGCGUAGAAACACGUCAUCGGCUCUAACAGUCGUCUCGCGCCGAACUGCGCAGGUGCAGUCCGUCAAAAAUCAAAACGCAUGCCUUCGAUAUAGUCGUUUUUGUCAAAUGAAAACGUGUCACCUUCUCGAGGUUGGAGUUAAUAACAUGUUAAAAUACUUAAAACAUUGUUUCGUAUCUAGCUUGUGCCUUUUAGAUAAAAACAAAACAAAGGAAGAACGUUUCGCUUCUCUUAACACCAAACCACGGCCUGCUUCGCAAGUUGUUCCCGGAAGUCUUGCGAUGUUGCGCCUCUGGGUUUAAAAACUCUGUGUCGAGAUCUCGGCACCAUUUUGUGAAGCCACUCAAGCCUGCGAGAGUUGUGGUGGGAAUAUUUGUAUUUUGUUGCUAGUGAGCUAGCAAAACUUGGUGUGAACUGUUAACGACUGACCAAACAUAGCUUGCUAUUUUUUUAUAUAUAUAUUUUUCCAAUAGCAAUUAGCUAAAUUAACGUUAAAAGUGGUCUCCUAACUUUUAAAACACGAAAGUGAGUUAUCAGUCUACGGAUGUCUGGAGAUAAUAUGUCGGGCGGCGGGAGCGUGGUUCGUGGCCCAGCGGGGAACAACGACUGUCGGAUCUACGUCGGUAACCUGCCGCCUGAUAUUCGCACUAAAGACGUGGAGGAUGUGUUUUAUAAGUACGGGGCGAUCCGAGAUAUCGAUCUGAAGAACCGGAGAGGAGGACCUCCGUUCGCUUUUGUGGAAUUCGAGGACCCCAGGGAUGCUGAUGAUGCGGUGCACGGUCGUGAUGGUUACGACUAUGAUGGUUACCGUCUCCGGGUGGAGUUCCCCCGUAGUGGGCGUGGGGGAGGGAGAGGGGGUGGUGGCGGCGGCAGGGGUGGCGGCGAUGGAGGAGGAGCCCCAAGAGGUCGAUACGGACCUCCCUCACGGCGCUCAGAGUACAGAGUCAUCGUCUCAGGUCUGUCUUUACCCCUCCCCUCCUGUCUUUACACUGUUGCUCCUCCUCCCUCUCCAGGUCUCCUCCUGUCUUUACUGUGUUGCCCCUCUACUACCACCUCCUCCCUCUCCAGGUCUCCUCCUGUCUUUACUGUGUUGCCCCUCUACUACCACCUCCUCCCUCUCCAGGUCUCCUCCUGUCUUUACUGUGUUGCCCCUCUACCACCUCCUCCUCCCUCUCCAGGUCUCCUCCUGUCUUUACUGUGUUGCCCCUCUACCACCUCCUCCUCCCUCUCCAGGUCUCCUCCUGUCUUUACUGUGUUGCCCCUCUACCACCUCCUCCUCCCUCUCCAGGUCUCCUCCUGUCUUUACUGUGUUGCCCCUCUACCACCUCCUCCUCCCUCUCCAGGUCUCCUCCUGUCUUUACUGUGUUGCCCCUCUACCACCUCCUCUCUCUCCAGGUCUCCUCCUGUCUUUACUGUGUUGCCCCUCUACCACCUCCUCCUCCCUCUCCAGGUCUCCUCCUGUCUUUACUGUGUUGCCCCUCUACCACCUCCUCCUCCCUCUCCGGGUCUCCUCCUGUCUUUACUGUGUUGCCCCUCUACCACCUCCUCCUCCCUCUCCGGGUCUCCUCCUGUCUUUACUGUGUUGCCCCUCUACCACCUCCCCCUCCUCCUCCCUCUCCAGGUCUCCUCCUGUCUUUACUGUGUUGCCCCUCUACCCCCUCCUCCUCCCUCUCCAGGUCUCCUCCUGUCUUUACUGUGUUGCCCCUCUACCACCUCCUCCUCCCUCUCCAGGUCUCCUCCUGUCUUUACUGUGUUGCCCCUCUACCACCACCUCCUCUCUCUCCAGGUCUCCUCCUGUCUUUACUGUGUUGCCCCUCUACCACCACCUCCUCUCUCUCCAGGUCUCCUCCUGUCUUUACUGUGUUGCCCCUCUACCCCCUCUUCCCUCUCCAGGUCUCCUCCUGUCUUUACUGUGUUGCCCCUCUACCACCUCUUCCCUCUCCAGGUCUCCUCCUGUCUUUACUGUGUUGCCCCUCUACCACCACCUCCUCUCUCUCCAGGUCUCCUCCUGUCUUUACUGUGUUGCCCCUCUACCCCCUCUUCCCUCUCCAGGUCUCCUCCUGUCUUUACUGUGUUGCCCCUCUACCACCUCUUCCCUCUCCAGGUCUCCUCCUGUCUUUACUGUGUUGCCCCUCUACCACCUCCUCCUCCCUCUCCAGGUCUCCUCCUGUCUUUACUGUGUUGCCCCUCUACCCCCUCCUCCUCCCUCUCCAGGUCUCCUCCUGUCUUUACUGUGUUGCCCCUCUACCACCACCUCCUCUCUCUCCAGGUCUCCUCCUGUCUUUACUGUGUUGCCCCUCUACCCCCUCCUCCUCCCUCUCCAGGUCUCCUCCUGUCUUUACUGUGUUGCCCCUCUACCACCUCCUCCUCCCUCUCCAGGUCUCCUCCUGUCUUUACUGUGUUGCCCCUCUACCACCACCUCCUCUCUCUCCAGGUCUCCUCCUGUCUUUACUGUGUUGCCCCUCUACCACCUCCUCCUCCCUCUCCAGGUCUCCUCCUGUCUUUACUGUGUUGCCCCUCUACCUCCUCCUCCCUCUCCAGGUCUCCUCCUGUCUUUACUGUGUUGCCCCUCUACCUCCUCCUCCCUCUCCAGGUCUCCUCCUGUCUUUACUGUGUUGCCCCUCUACCACCCCCUCCUCCUCCCUCUCCAGGUCUCCUCCUGUCUUUACUGUGUUGCCCCUCUACCUCCUCCUCCCUCUCCAGGUCUCCUCCUGUCUUUACUGUGUUGCCCCUCUACCUCCUCCUCCCUCUCCAGGUCUCCUCCUGUCUUUACUGUGUUGCCCCUCUACCACCUCCUCCUCCCUCUCCAGGUCUCCCCUCUAGUGGUAGCUGGCAGGACCCUGUCUUUACUGUGCUGUCCUCUCCAGGUCUCCCCUCUAGUGGUAGCUGGCAGGACCCUGUCUUUACUGUGCUGUCCUCUCCAGGUCUCCCCUCUAGUGGUAGCUGGCAGGACCCUGUCUUUACUGUGCUGUCCUCUCCAGGUCUCCCCUCUAGUGGUAGCUGGCAGGACCCUGUCUUUACUGUGCUGUCCUCUCCAGGUCUCCCCUCUAGUGGUAGCUGGCAGGACCCUGUCUUUACUGUGCUGUCCUCUCCAGGUCUCCCCUCUAGUGGUAGCUGGCAGGACCCUGUCUUUACUGUGCUGUCCUCUCCAGGUCUCCCCUCUAGUGGUAGCUGGCAGGACCUAAAGGACCACAUGCGCGAGGCAGGUGAUGUAUGUUACGCUGACGUGUUCCGUGACGGUACCGGCGUGGUGGAGUUCGUACGCAAGGAGGACAUGACCUACGCUGUCCGCAAGCUGGACAACACCAAGUUCCGCUCCCACGAGGGAGAGACUGCGUAUGUGCGUGUGAAGGUGGACGGACCUCGCAGCCCGAGUUACGGACGCUCCCGCUCUCGUAGCCGUAGCAACGGGCGUAGCAACGGGCGUAGCAACAGCCGCUCGCGCAGCUUCUCACCGCCGCGACGCAGCCGUCCCUCGCCACGCUACUCACCACGACACUCCCGAUCACGCUCCCGCAGCUAGACACAAACCACAUACACACACCUCCAGCCCAGCGGCCCCCCAGGGAGAGGAUACAUCAGACCAGGAGACGGACAGACGCCGCCCGGUGGACAUUCUAAUGAAUUACACCUAAUGUUCUCUUGCCUCGGCUACCUCUUGUUCUUUCAUCCCCGUUUCCUGGUCUAGUUUGCCUCAGCUGUGGUUUUGGCUUAUGACCUCUGUUCUCUUUGUAUCUGCUGACCCCUCAUCUUCCCCUGCUCUCUUUCCCAUCCCCCCAUCUGUGUAAAGGGCUUUAAUUGUUCUGUUUCUGUUAGUUUUGACUGGGGGGGUGAGAGGUUUAAUUUUGUGUUUAUGUGGUUAUUUUCUUUGGCCUGUUGUGGUGUCUGUGAUGUGUUGUUGUGCUGACCUCUGACCUGUCUGUCGUGUCUCUCUGUAGAGAUCACAGGAGCAAGCUGAUAGGCUGCUGGGAAACAGGAAACUGUUCAUAUUAGGAUUAACAGGAGGAGCAGGAGGAGUCAAAUACCAGCCAAUGGUAUGACUGCAGUAGUCUCUCAUCCAAUCAGCUGUCAGACCUGAUGUUUUAGUGACCAGUAAUAUUAUUGAACUGGUUUUAACUUUCUACUCUUAACUCUCUCAUAUUAGAGUGCUUUGCCACCUCUCCUUCCCUCAAUCCCAUCCUCCCCUGGUUUUCUAUUCACGGUUUCUGGUCAGAGUAGCAUGCAUGGUGUGUCUGUGGAGGUAGUGUGUCUGUAGGGUAGUGCGUCGGUAGGGUAGGGUAGUGCGUCUGUAGGGUAGUGCGUAGGUAGGGUAGGGUAGUGCGUCUGUAGGGUAGUGCGUAGGUAGGGUAGGGUAGUGCGUCUGUAGGGUAGGGUAGUGCGUCUGUAGGGUAGUGCGUAGGUAGGGUAGGGUAGUGCGUCUGUAGGGUAGUGCGUAGGUAGGGUAGGGUAGUGCGUCUGUAGGGUAGGGUAGUGCGUCUGUAGGGUAGUGCGUAGGUAGGGUAGGGUAGUGCGUCUGUAGGGUAGGGUAGUGCGUCUGUAGGGUAGGGUAGUGCGUCGGUAGGGUAGGGACAGUGUGUGUGUCUGGCAUUGUUAUUAGUGGUUGGUUAGUCUUGGUUCAGAGAACUUUAGUUAUAAUGUUGAGGUGAGUUUUGUGUAAAUGUCUUCUCUUAAACACAGCUUUCAGAGCCAGCAGGUUGUGAUGGCUGAUUGGCUGUAGCUAGACUUGGGCGGUAUACCGUAUACCAAUAUAUCAGACCCAACAACACAGAAAUAACACAGUCUUGUAUAACUAACCUUGGGGCUGGGCGGUAUACCGUAUUUUACUAUACACAGAUAUUGAUGCAGGGACCGGUUUGGGUUUUUACUUUACCUUCUAUAACGAUAUUUGAACGUUUGGUUUGUUAAAUGUGAUACGCUGUGUGUAACGUCCGUUUUUAUAGUUGACUUGGCUACUUGGGUCGUCUCUCGCCAUGCCGCCUUCUAGCCCCGCCCCCCUGUUACUCAAGGAGCAUAAUGGUUGUUGCUUGACCAGGAGACGCUUUCAUUCAGUCUGCAUGGUCAAUGCUGACCACUACCAUGUUGGCUAACCAGGAGACUCUUUCAUUCAGUCUGCAUGGUCAAUGUAACACUACCAUGUUGGCUAACCAGGAGACUCUUGCGUUCAGUCUGCAUGGUCAAUGUAACAUUACCAUGUUGGCUAACCAGGAGACUCUUUCAUUCAGUCUGCAUGGUCAAUGUAACAUUACCAUGUUGGCUAACCAGGAGACUCUUUCAUUCAGUCUGCAUGGUCAAUGUAACACUACCAUGUUGGCUAACCAGGAGACUCUUUCAUUCAGUCUGCAUGGUCAAUGUAACACUACCAUGUUGGCUAACCAGGAGACUCUUUCAUUCAGUCUGCAUGGUCAAUGUAACAUUACCAUGUUGGCUAACCAGGAGACUCUUUCAUUCAGUCUGCAUGGUCAAUGUAACAUUACCAUGUUGGCUAACCAGGAGACUCUUUCAUUCAGUCUGCAUGGUCAAUGUAACAUUACCAUGUUGGCUAACCAGGAGACUCUUUCAUUCAGUCUGCAUGGUCAAUGUAACACUACCAUGUUGGCUAACCAGGAGACUCUUUCAUUCAGUCUGCAUGGUCAAUGUAACACGUGCAACAAUGUUGAUGACAAUGCUGUUUUCACUUUGCUUCUGAAUAUAAAUCCACUAGUGUUCUAUAAUUACACUGUUAGUUUGUUUCUUACAUCUGCAAAUUUGUAUUUUCGUAGCAAGUUGGGCCUAUAUCUUGUUGGCCGCUAAUGCUAACUGCUAGCUCGCUAAUAAAUGUACCGAAUCAGAGCAAAUGUAACUAGCUAUACAGCCUGAUAAUACCAGUGAUGGUGUAGAACUAAGUCGGCAUGUUGGUACAACAGUAUUUUAGAAAUCAGAGGAACAUGUGAAUGUCAGUUACAUGAAGUGACUAAGAGAACCUUCAAUGUAGCCAAAGAUUAAGAGUCCCAUAGGAAACACUGACCAUCACCUUGGUUCCUACCCUGUCACAAUAACUCCUCCUGGCAUUUUCAUGUCAAACAACACAGUAUUCAAAGUGCCCACAAUUAUAUUCGAACUAUAGAAUUAACCCUUCCUAGCUAGUCAUUAUUUCCUUUUAUUUCAACAGUUCACCCAGGUGUUUUGCUCUAAAUCUCAAGUCCAAUUGCAAUAUUUGGUUAAAAAUAAGGCCUAGUUUGUUUAGUUUUUUUUGCCCAUAUUGUGCAGCCAGUCUGGCAGUGUGGAAAUGAUCUCAAAUGAGUGCAGAAAUGUAUGAAAAUGUUUUUGGUUGAAUUGAACAGAAAAAAGAGACUAAUUUGAAAUCACAUGUAUUAGGUUGGUAACAAUAUUCAUAAAGAAAAUGUAAGGACUUUUAUUGAAAAACAUUAAAUACUGGCAUACCAUUUUUUAUUUUUAUUUUUUAUUAUUAUUUUUUUUUAAUAAAUGUUUUUACACCGUGAUAUAUUCUGGCCAUAUCGCCACGCCCUAACAAUAGCAGGUUGUGAUAGUGUGGCUGAUUGGCUGAAGCAGGCUGUGAGUGAUUCUAACCUGUUGCUCCUUCCUUCUCUCUGUUGGGUGAUCUGUCUCAAGGAGGGCUGUGAUUGGAGGAGGGCUCUGUCUCCCCGUCCUGGAGCCAAUCAGACCUUCAGGAUUCAGGAUCAGAGCAGGGAUUAGGAUUAAGGAUGGAGAGAGAACGCGGAGUGGGACAGGAGCAUAGGAUCGGGACCAGCCCCCAGGCCACAGCCCAGCCCACUGGAACCUAGAUACUAGACCUAAGUCACUCAAAUGGCUCUCAAACACCCAAAAUUAGUUUAUUCCCCCCACCCACCCACCCGUGUGGACUCCACAGCGUCCUUCUAGGAUCCUGACCAGCGUUCUUUUAUUUAAGUGGAGCUCAACGCAAAACCAGGAGUCUGGCUCAGGAUGGAGGGAGGCGCACAUAAGGAGAUUGGUAACUAGAAGGGAAUUAUAAUCUGGGGGGGUUAAAUGUGUUUGUUCAUUAAAGGGAUGGAGGGUAAUGUGUUUGUUUGGAGGGAGGGUGUGUUUAUUUUUUAUUUUUAAGGUUUGCAUUGUUUCCUCAGUAGAUUUUAUGAUUAGUUUGUUUCCCAAGUUGGUAACUUUUCAUGUUUCAGCACCUCUUCAAUAAAGUGUCUUCGACAGGA